AUGAAGAUUAAAGCGCCCAAGCUUCCCAACGCCAAGCAGCUGCUCAUCAACAAGAAUGUGCUGCAGGAGCGGUUCCGUGAUACAAAAAACUUCCCGAUCGAGAAGAAGAUGCGAUUCUCGGGCCGGUUCUUCCAAAUCGUGCUCUCUGCGUUUGCGUACUACUGGCUCGCCUCGCAGGACUCUGCGCUCAUGACCAAGUACGGGCUCUUCGGCGUCAUUGGCUACAGCUGGUUCCUCAACUUGGCCUGUCCAUGCGUGGCGGGCCUGUUGAUCCUGCAGCACUUUGCCGGCGCUAUCAUCUCGGCGUGGACCUCGCGGAAGAUGAUGGUGCUCGAGACCCUGUGCGAUGUGACCAUCAUGGCCCUGUGGCUGUUUUGCAUCAUUGCCGCGGGAAUCCUGAUGGGGCCCAACUGCCCACCCGGCACCUCCCAUGCCUGCGACUGCUUCAACUGGGUACUGGCUACUGAGAUCAUGAGCUGGAUUGCCUGGACCUACGGCGUGGUGCUGGACUUUGUUCUCUGGUACAAGGUGCUUUGGGGCGGCAUGGAGGAGAUUGACGACAUGGAGAUGAACAGAGCCCUGCGCCAGACCGCCAGGAAGCACCCCGGCGGCGGAAACAGCAAUGUCUUUUGA